UCCCAGUGCAGGUGAGAUACAGAAGCCGGAAGUGAAGCGGUGCGUGAUUGUGAAGCCUCGUCUGGUCCGGUCAGUUGUGGGCUCCCGGGGUCAGGCAGGAGGUCGAGGUUAAAGCUUGGACUGAAUCAUGCCGCCGGACGGUGCGUUCACGGCCCCCCUCCUGCUGCUGCUCAGCUCAGUGUCAGCUCUGACUGUUCCGCCUCCGACCAACGUGACGGUGAGCUGCAGGAAUCUGAGAGUGUGGGUCAGCUGGGAGUUCAGCGACCAGCAGCCACACACCAGCUUCAGAGUGGAAAUACAAAGCUCCAAUGGGUACUUUAAGAAUGAAACCACAGAGCAUCAGUACGAUCUGAGUGGGUUCAUCUGGAAGUCUCUGGACCACUACAUGGGGUUCCACUCCGUGAGAGUAACAGCUCUACAGAGGGGGGGGGAGUCCCAACCGGUCCGGUCUGAGAGCUUCACCUUCAGCAUGAACAGGAUGGCCGAUAAACACUAUGCGUUAGAGUUCCCUCCCGUCGAGGUCGUGGCCGGCGACUCGGGAAACACCGUCAGUUUCCCGAGUCCCUUCCACUUCUACACAGAACUGAAGCAGGCCGAGAAGCAGGAAACGGCCUUCUUCGAAUUCAACGUCUCCUCAGAUCAGGGUAACUACACCUCCGUCUGCAGACUGACUGAUGUCACGUGCAGGUACGACCUCCCGCACAGCGAGGAGCAGUGCGUCCGGGUCAAGGGAUGGUUGGACUACGGGAACAGCGUCGAGAGAGUGGAGUUCAGAGAGACCGACCGCAUCUGCCCCAGUAAAUCCAGCGAUCCCCAUGUGAUGACGUUCGCCCUUGUCCUGCUGUUCGUCCUUGUCGUCAUAAUCAGUGUGUUAACAAUUAGCAUCUGCAAAGUGAGAGCCUGGACACUGGAGAUAUGGAAGACACAGAAGACACUGAAAGCUCUGGACAUCGAGCCAAACAACGAAGAGCAUGAAUUGUUGAGACCGGUUGAAGAAGUGUUCAGCCCUGUUAUGGUCGUCGAACACAGCAGCAGCUCGUCGCUCAGCUCGGAGGACGGCGGCCUCCAGGACUGCGGCGCCUGCGUCAUGGAGGACGGAGGGUCAGAGAGAGGGGAGCCGGAGGAGGAGGCUGCAGACCAGGAAGCUGUGGGGAAUUAUGACCGCGCCCACGCCCCCGCAGCAGUGAGGGUAGACUUGGGGGACGGAGAAGUGGCCUACGCUUACAGAGAGGGAUAGAACAAACUGUCAGAGGUUUGGGACUGAAGUCGUUUUAAUAACCGACGACCCAGGCCGGUCCAAACCAGGCCGAGGACACGGAGGACACCGGAGGACAGCUGGAGGUGGAAGGUGUUUCGCCCCCUCUUCUGUUUGCACCGUCACCGAACCCUACGUUUUUAACACGUCAUGUUUACGAGGUUUGUCUCGUGGCUGUUUACCGAGGUGAGCACCAACCUGGGGGGGGACCGGGACUCCAGCUGAUCCGUCACCACGGAGACGAUCAGACAGACGUUUACACCCAAACACCAUCACACAGACCUCGUCUCCGACCUCUUAACAUUAGGAAACUCUGCCGCUUGUCUGUUUUGCAUCUGGAUCCCUGCAGAGACGACAGCACCUCGGUCCGUCUCCGCUCCUGUGGGAUUUGGAUCAGACGCAGAUUAUUGUCAGAGAACAGAAGUUUUUACAUCUCAAAGAGCUCAGGAUUUUUUUUUAAACUGUCAGUUGUCAUGGCUCCUUUCUCUCUUUAAAGGGACAGUUCACCCUCAAACCGUAUCCAGUCACCUACAUGCAGUUGUGGUUUUAUUUGCCCUAAUUCAAUUCACUUCUCAGGUUUCGUCUCAGGCAACAUCGUCCCACAUCUAAAACCUUUUAUUGUACCACUUAUUGCCUUUGGGUGCGUGGGUUGUCCAGAGCAAACACAGAACAGCAUUUAAAACCUAAUUUUUCUCAGGAGCCAGAUAAAUAAAACCGAACCGCCUACGUGGUUGAGAACUGACGCCUUGAAAGGCUUUUUAAUGUCGUACAUUAAACCGAGCACUCCUCAAACUCCUGGACUUUGAGUUCAGCAGGCGUCAUAAAUUCCAGUGCGACCUGAUAAACAGGUUGUGAAGAUCGUGUUUCUCUUUUGUUGUGAACUUAAACUCUCAGGUUGUUAUUGUUUUUAAUAUUUACCUCAUCGCUUGUUUUUAUUGUCAUUGAUCGAAAUAAAUUUAUUUUAGAAUAAA